AUGGCCGCCAUGCCAGCUCAACAUGCCCUGCCAUCCUGGUGGAGGACUCAACUGCACCAACUUGACGACUAUGUGUCGUCCAAAUCCGUGCCAACAGAAUCAGACGUUGUAAUUAUUGGAGCUGGAAUAUCGGGUGCAUCAGUUGCGUAUCAUCUCCUGCAACAGCAUAAAGGACUCAAUCGACCAAGAGUGACCAUACUAGAGGCGCGUCAAGCAUGCUCUGGGGCAACGGGUCGAAAUGGUGGUCAUUUAAAACCAGAUCCAUACAGCUUCAUCAGUCAACUUGCCGCAGAGUAUGGCCCGGAACUGGCUCAAGAAGUAGCUGAGUUCGAGCGAUCUCACGUCGAUGCAAUUAGCAACCUUGUGAAGUUCGAAAAAAUUGAUUGCGACCUAGUUGUGACCGAGGCAAUUGAUGUCCAGUUAAAUCCCAAAGAAUGCAAAAAGGUCAAAUCUAGCUUCGAUCGUUUGCCAGGCAUUGGCGUCAAAUCGGCUGAACGGGUCAGCUUCUCUGAUCAAAGAGAGGCGGAAGCGAGGUCUCGUGUCAAGGGAGCCCAGGGCUGUUUUAGCUAUGAAGCGGGCCAUAUCUGGCCCUACAAAUUGGUCCUCCACAUUCUUGGCCGCUGUGUCGAACAAGGAGCAAAACUUUAUACCCACACUCCAGCACAGAAUAUCUCAUCAGACAAAGACACCUCAGGCCGAUGGACUGUGGACACACCACGGGGCGCUAUCAAAGCGCGACACGUUGUUUUCGCCAGCAAUGCUUACACAUCGGCUGUUCUUCCUAUGUACUCGAACAAGAUUGUUCCAGUGCGUGGAGUCUGUUGCAGAAUAGUUCCAACUCGCCCAGUGAAGAGGCUUACCGAAACAUACACUCUCCGAUGGUCAUGGAGUGAAUUUGACUAUCUCAUCCCUCGUGAAGAUGGAAGCGUGAUUGUCGGUGGUGCUUGGAGCAAAUACUACCGGAACACGGGAGAUUGGUACAAUAACGCCAACGACAAUGAAAUGAUAGAGUCUGCCAAGGAGUAUUUUGACGGUUAUAUGCAACGAAACUUCCACGGCUGGGAGGAAAGCGGUGCAUAUGUGGAUCAGAUUUGGACUGGAAUUAUGGGUUACUCCACGGAUUCUUUGCCUCAUAUUGGACAUGUCCCCGGGAAAAAAGGCCAGUUUAUCAUUGCUGGGUUCACUGGCCAUGGAAUGCCGCAGGCAUGGCUUUCUGGUAAGGGUAUUGCAGCCAUGGUCUCAGAGGGGAUUCCAUUCGCUGAAUCUGGGAUCCCAAAGAUCUUUGAGACUACUCAGGCUCGCCUUGAGAAAGACAGGAAUGACAUACUUGAGACGGCGGGAGAAGUUGACAAGUCCAGUGCUCGACUGUAA